AUGGCUGUUACCUAUCCAAAUGAUGAAGGAUGGCCAGAGAAAGUUUAUACUCCACCAUAUCCUCAUGAAUAUUAUUAUGAUAAUGGACAAAAUCGUAAUGAAUUUAAUUCAACUAGAGAUCAAACAUCACGAAAUAUAUCAAAAUUUAAUAAUGAUCAUCAUCAUAAAACGAAUUUAAAUGAAUUACCUCCAUUAGCAAUUCGUCGUCAUACACCAGGUUCUACUGAUCCAACAUUACAACAAACUUCAUCACGAAGUCAUUCAUCAACAUCAAAUGCACAUAUUUCACUUAAACGAAAUUCAUCACAAUCUAACUUUUAUACAAUACCUACUCAAAAUCAUUCAUCAAAAAUUUUAGAUCCUGAUGAACGACCUAUUAAACCAAUGAAAGAUACAUCUGUUUAUUAUAAACCAUCAUCACCAGGAAAAUUUAUUCAAACAAAACAAAAACCAUUAUCACGAUCUAAAUUAAUACAAUCUUCACCUCGAUCUGAAUCUCAUUCAUUUCAAUUACCACCAUCACGUAUACAAAAUACUACUACAACACCUCGUCGUCCUAUUCUUAUUGAUAUUAUUCCUAAAACACCAUUUGGUUUUUCAUCACAAUCUAGUCGAACUCGUCAAAUUGUAGUAGAAGAUUAUGUUGAUGAUAAUAAUCGUGUUGCAUCAUACGUUAAGCCUGCUCCGAAAAAAGUUGUUUCAUAUCAAGAAGUAUCGGGUAUGACAACACGUGAAAUGGAAAAUUAUCUUAUGUCAAAAGAGCAACGUCCUGUUGGCAUUCGACCACCACCAAUAAAAACAAGAAUCUAUCGAACUUAA